ACUCGGGUACAUUCAGUUCCUGCAGGCGUUGCCCGUUUUGUCCUUUCGGUUUCUCGGGGUUUUUGUUUUUUGUUUUUGGCGCGGCAAAGAGAAAAGGGGGAAAGUAUGAAUCGCUUGCUUAGCCGAGACCCCGUGGAUAUCGAGAAUAUUUUAGCUCUCAACCCUCGUAUACAAACUCAUGCAUCUUUGAAAUCAACUGCAGCAAAGAAAGUAGAGAAAAAGCACUGGAAAAGGAAUGCAGAUAAAAACUGUUCAAACUGUGAGAAACUGGAAAAUAAUUUUGAUGACAUCAAGCACACGACUCUGGGUGAGCGUGGAGCCCUUCGAGAAGCAAUGAGGUGCUUAAAGUGUGCAGAUGCCCCCUGUCAGAAGAGCUGCCCAACUAAUCUAGACAUCAAGUCAUUUAUCACAAGUAUUGCAAACAAGAAUUACUAUGGAGCUGCCAAAAUGAUAUUUUCUGACAAUCCACUGGGACUAUCAUGUGGGAUGGUGUGUCCAACUUCUGAUCUUUGUGUGGGAGGAUGCAAUUUAUAUGCCACUGAGGAUGGACCAAUUAAUAUUGGUGGACUGCAGCAAUUUGCUACAGAGAUAUUCAAAGCAAUCAAUAUCCCUCAAAUUCGAGAUCCCUCUUUGCCAUCACUGCAAGAUUUGCCCGAAUCCUAUCGUACCAAGAUUGCUCUUCUUGGAGCAGGACCUGCGAGUAUAAGUUGUGCCACAUUUUUGGCUCGAUUGGGCUAUUCAGACAUCACCAUUUUUGAAAAGGAAAAUUACGUUGGUGGUUUAAGCACAUCUGAAAUUCCCCAGUUCCGGCUACCAUAUGAUGUAGUACAUUUUGAAACUAAGCUUAUGGAGGACCUCGGAGUGAAGAUCAUCUGUGGAACAGGCCUUUCAGUAGAAGGUCUGACACUCAGUGCUUUAAAGGAUGAUGGUUACGAAGCAAUCUUUAUUGGAAUUGGUAGGAAUUCCUUCUUUUUACACUUGCUUUUUCAGGAAUUGUUGUAUCAUGAAUUCUGCCUUGGUUAG